CGUAAGCAAAGUUAUUCGAAACUGCUCAGAUAUGAAUGAUCCUGACAAAAGUUACUUUUGGGGGAUAUUAAUCCUGUCUGUUUUAACACUCUUUUCAGCAAGUUUGAAAGCUACAGCUUCAUUACCUCCGACAGAAACUCAAAUGGAAGCAUGUUCCAACGGAAGUUUGACUAUCCAAUGCGGAGGUUUUACGAACCUGAACACAAUCAAAAAAGUCAACUGGAAGAUAAAGUUUUCUAACAGUGGAUGGAGAGACGUGUCUCACUGCUCGAUGUCCCACAACGAGUGCACAAGGGUGCCAAGGCUUCCCCAGGGAAUCAAGAUUCAGAGCGUUUCUAAGCAAAACGUUACCAUAGGACGCUCCGAAAACAACAGCACAAUAAAUCAUGUCAAGGUUAUGUGUGCUGUUGAUCAGUAUACCAGCACAGGCACCAACACUAAACUUUAUAUCUAUGACAUCAAUUUUGCUAUUCAGUGUAAGUAUCGGAAAAAUGAUCUAUUUUACGAAUGUCUGCCUAGUUGCUUGGCCGCCUUAAAGCAAGAGUGA